AUGGCUAUGGACUUGAGGGUGGGAAACAAGUAUCGGAUAGGAAGAAAGAUCGGCUCUGGUUCUUUUGGUGAUAUUUAUCUUGGUACAAACAUUAUUAAUGGUGAAGAAGUUGCCAUCAAACUUGAAUCUACAAAAGCUAAGCAUCCACAAUUAGAAUAUGAGGCAAAAGUCUAUAAAACACUGGCCGGUGGUGUGGGUAUCCCGUUCGUCCGCUGGUACGGUACUGAAUGCGAUUAUAACGCAAUGGUAAUCGAUUUAUUGGGCCCAUCUUUGGAAGAUUUGUUCAAUUUCUGUAAUCGCAAAUUUUCAUUGAAAACGGUACUGCUGUUGGCCGAUCAAUUGAUUUCUCGAAUUGAAUACAUUCACUCUAAAAACUUUAUUCAUCGAGAUAUUAAACCCGAUAACUUUUUGAUGGGAAUUGGUAAACGCGGUAAUCAAGUCAACGUUAUCGAUUUCGGUUUAGCAAAAAAAUAUCGCGAUCCAAAGACACACUUACACAUCCCUUAUAGAGAAAAUAAAAAUUUAACAGGCACAGCUAGAUAUGCUAGCAUCAAUACUCAUUUAGGUGUCGAACAAUCUCGUCGUGAUGAUCUUGAAUCACUAGGUUAUGUUAUGAUGUAUUUCUGUCGUGGUUCGCUUCCAUGGCAAGGUCUCAAAGCUGCUACAAAGAAACAGAAAUACGAUCGUAUCAUGGAAAAGAAAAUGACUACCCCAACGGAAUUACUUUGUCGUACUUUUCCUAAUGAAUUUGCUAUUUACUUGAACUACACACGAUCUCUUCGAUUUGAUGAUAAACCUGAUUAUAGCUAUUUGAGAAAGUUAUUUAGGGAUUUAUUUGUUCGUGAAGGCUUUCAAUAUGAUUAUGAAAAAGAUGCUAAUAAGGUCCAUCAGUCAUUGCCAAUGCCGGACGAUGCAAAUGGUGUUGCUGAACAAGCUGAAGAAGAUUCUAAAAAUCAGAAACAACACCCUGCUAUGCGACAAGCAAAUAAUUCAAGCAACAUUGUAAACGCCCCGAUUAAUAAUCGUAAACCUUCGAGUAAGCAAGUUUAUUCAGGUGCUGCCGGGAUUAGUUCUACACGAACUAACGCGUCACCACAACAACCCAUCGCAAGUGGGUCUUCACGGCUAACGCAAACUCCGAGGCGUAGCAACAAAGGUCAAGAUGCUAGUGCUCCAACCGCAGAUAAUAACAGAGUUAUGACUUCGGAUAGACU